AUGGCUUUCUUCCCGCGCCACUGCUACAACCGCGAGGCUUCCUUCACGCCUCUCUUCCGUCUCCUCGACGAGUUUGACAGCUACUCUCGUGGAAGCACCCAGACUCGGCGGCCCGCAAACCCCACAUGGCAGCCCAAGUUUGACGUCCGCGAGACCAGAGAGCACUAUGAGCUCCACGGCGAGCUCCCCGGCGUCGACAGGGAGAAUGUCCAGAUUGACUUUACCGAGCCACAGACGUUGGUAGUCCGCGGUCGGACUGAACGGUCCUACACCACAAGCAGCGCGGAUUCCGACGAGCUUGAGGGCACGCACACUCCAGACACCAUCACUGAGAGCGGCGAGGAACCCCACGGCUCGCCUCACCAGGCGACCGUCGAGGAUGAGAGUGACUCGGCAUACGAGGUCGUUGAGAAGGCCCAGCAGCAGACCACCAAGAAGCCCGAGGAGGUCGCCAAGAAGCCCACAGACACGGCCAAGUACUGGCUCUCGGAGCGCAGCAUCGGCGAGUUCUCUCGCACGUUUAGCUUCCCGAGCCGCAUCGACCAGGACGCCGUCACCGCCAACUUCAAGGACGGCAUCCUGAGCGUCACGGUUCCCAAGGCCAAGCCUCACGAGGCGCGCCGCAUCGCCAUCAACUAA